CGCGAAUCAGCGUAGAAGGACGUCCAGCACAACAAGCGCUUUCUCCCAUCUCGCCCCUUGCAGUCAUCGUCGCACCAUCGAUACAUACAUACACUCGCUCUCCGUCAAUCCGGGCGACCUGUUCAACCCGCCAUAAACACUCUUGUACCGCCAUUGCGAUCACGCGAACACACCAUUUCCUUCCAAACCUGCUCCACGACUUUCUGACUGCUCUCGACUACGCACGCCCCUGUAUGAGGGAUUAUCUCUACUAGGAUGGCGUCAGAUCUGGAUCCAAAGUCGCAAGUCAACGCUUCGUCCGAAAGCCGGUCCGGCCCUCGACAGAUUGAAGUGGAAGGCCUGUGCCAUCACGAUCACGAACAUGAGGGCCACAAGUUCCGCCAUCACGACAACACCAACGAUGAAAACAUCUCAAUCCCUUCAAACUCCAAACAUGCCGAGCAGGCCAUCGCUCCUUUCUUGGCCAAGCACAUCCCUACCCAAUACAAUCCUGUCGGCCACUUGAUGCCCCAGUCCAACUCGGACAACCACAACCACGAUCACCUCCAAGACACCUCAAGUACAAAGUUCUGCUAUCGUCAUCGCCCCGAUCUCAAGUGUAGACGUCAAGCCAACGAGCCUUCUAUGGAACAACUCCAGAAUGAACUCGGUACUCUCUCCCAGUCCGACCAACAAGCCAUAUCCCACGUCUGGUCUCUCUUCUCCGCCGCUCCUUCCAAACACCGCAAUCUUAUGCUCCAGGGCAUCCUCUCCCAGUGCUGCUUCCCUCAGCUGUCUUACAUCUCCGCUUCCGUUCGCGACCUGAUCAAGAUCGACUUCCUCUCUGCUCUGCCACCAGAGCUUGGCUUCAGGAUUCUCUGUUUCCUCGACACAACCUCGCUGUGUAAAGCUGCUCAAGUCAGCCGGCGCUGGAGGAGCCUGGCCGACGACGACGUUGUUUGGCACCGAAUGUGCGAGCAGCACAUCGACCGCAAGUGUACAAAGUGUGGCUGGGGUCUGCCUCUACUCGAACGCAAGCGAUUGAGAAUUGAAAAGAGACAGAUUCAGCUUCGCGCCAUUUCCAGAGGCAACAAUGAAUGGUCACCAGCCGUUACUCCACUGGUCGAGGCACCAGUGCCCGUCCUCAGCACCGCUAGCGCCCCACCAACCAGUCAAGCGCUCGCUAUCGUUGGUGAGAAGCGCAAGCUUGACGACGAACCCGCCCUGCCGCAGAAGAAAAUGUGUACCCAAGCAUCCGGUAAAGAGGAGGGUGACUCAUAUUUCCAACCACAAACAAGACGCCCAUGGAAGGAUGUGUACAAAGAUCGUUUCAAGGUUGGCACAAACUGGAAGUACGGCAGGUGCUCGACAAAAAUCUUCAGAGGCCACACCAACGGUGUCAUGUGUUUACAAUUCGAUGAGAAUGUUCUGAUCACUGGAUCAUACGACUGCACAGUAAAGGUCUGGGAUAUUAAGACAGGAACAGAAUUGCGGACACUCGAGGGUCAUACGUCGGGUAUUCGUACCCUGCAAUUCGACGACCAGAAGCUCAUCACUGGAUCUAUGGACAACACAACCAAGGUCUGGGACUGGCGAACUGGAGAAUGUCUAAGAACCUUCCGAGCUCAUACAGGCGGCGUCAUUUGUGUCAACUUUGACGCCGGCUACAUUGCUUCGGGCUCCAUGGACCACACUAUCCGAGUCUUCGAUGGCAAAUCCAAAGGCACUUUCCUCCUCAAGGGCCACACCGAUUGGGUCAAUGCAGUAAAGCUUGAUUCGAUUUCGCGCACUUUGAUUUCUGCCUCAGAUGACUGUACUGUCCGCUUGUGGGACUUGGACACACGCCGAUGUAUCAAGGUCUUUGAGGGACACGUCGGGCAGGUGCAACAGGUUGUAGCUCUCCCUCCAGAGUUCGAGCUUGACGAUGCGGAUCUGCUCUCUGGAGAGAACGAAGAUGACACAUCGUCUACCUCUUCUGGCCCUACACCUGCACACAAGCACUCGCAUCACCCAGCAACUACCUCUGCUGACUCAAUCGUUCCGUUCUGGCCGGACGAGCCUGAUCGACCGGCGCCUCCUCGUUAUAUGCUUACCGGUGCUUUGGACAGCACAAUCCGCCUGUGGGAUGUGCAUGCCCCUGCGGUAUCGCCAGCUGUAGAUGCAGCAAACCCAGUACAAAAGCCACCCACGACUACAGCAUGCUUGCGCACCUUUUUUGGCCACGUUGAAGGUAUCUGGGCGCUUGCGGCAGACCACUUGCGUAUGGUUUCUGGAUCGGAAGACCGCACUGUCAAGAUCUGGGACCCGCGCAGUGGCAAGUGCGAGCGAACGUGGACAGGUCACGCUGGCCCCGUGACUUGCAUCGGCCUCAGUGACAGUCGACUAGUUUCUGGAAGCGAAGACUGCGAAGUACGCAUGUUGAUGUUCAACACCGGAGAAGGGAGCGAUUGCGAAGAGCAAUGAGAUGGAGAAGAUGGUUGAUGUUUAUUAUCUGUUUGGUUUUGCAUUUCUUAGGGUAUAACCACUUAGCGAAGGUGCCUGGCG